GUUCUCUCUAUGUUACCCUUAUCCAACCAAAAUUGACGAAUCUCAUUAACAACUGCAUUUAGCAAAUGUCAAUAUGGCAACCUACCCUUCUCACUGGGCGCUUUCCCUGGGGGCUAUUAUGCACGAAGCCAAGUUUCUGGCGAGUGAGAGGCCAGUUCACACCCAAAGCGCCAAUUUUGGUCAAUUUUCGCUUGUUGGAAUCGCAGAUUUUGGUCCACUUCGACACACUACCGAACAUCACCAGCCGCUAUAUACCCUUUGUCCUCCCAACAUUUGCGUUUGAUCUUGUCAGAUUCAUGUCAGGAUGUGUUUCGAUUGAAUCCUCAGGAGGUUUGACUAAGGAGUUGGGAUACAGUAUUCCUCAAGAAGAUCUGUGCCACACACAAUGCAACCCAGUUUUUAUAGAAGGCCUUCUUCGCUUCACUCUGUACUAUUUCUGUUCUCCUUGACUUUCACUCCUUUCUGCUCUGCCACCGUAAUACAAGACCUCCAAAGCAACUACUUCGCCCCAUCACCGCCUCCUGAAGACGGUCCUUCCCUUUCAGCUGGAGCCCUUCGGAAUACAAAAUAUCUUCCUGCGCAGAUUGGUGGCAUAGUCGGAUCAUAUGCUCUCUCUCUCAUUUUAGUCGCCGCUAUCCUUCUUCUCCUAGCGAAGAAACGUCGCGAACAUCUCUCAGCCGGACAGGAAGACCAGGAAAGUCAAUACCCGUAUCAACUUCCAUAUCCACCGCCCGUGCCAGCCGGCGCCCAAAAUCAAUAUCAACCCGGUCUUGAUCCGCCCAAAUCGCCUGUCAAGAAUUUCUCGUACCCAACACCUCUAACCCCUUUAAGCCCAGUAAGUCCAGGAGGACCAGAAGGCUCGGCAAGUCUUUACAUUGUUCCUUCUUUGCAUUCUACAAGCACUCUCGGAAUCAACCCCUUGGUCGAUCCGCGAGUCGUUGCAGCAGAUCGCGAGAUGGCGCAACAGCAACUAGAGGAGAUGUACAGGCUCGUAAUGGAGCAAGAGGCCGCAAAGGAGGCAGGCGUAACUCUGGAUCAACCGCCUCCACCAAUCUCGCAAUCGCAGCCUCCAAAGCAGGGCAUCCUAAAGAGGGGCAAGAACAAGCCUGCGAAUCUUGAUCUUGCGGCGCAGCCAGGAGAAGAGAAGCACCAAUCUCGGACGUCCUCCCUCUUAUCCGCUUUCAAGUCUCCUCGGAAGAAGAAUUCGAAGGCCAUCAGCAUUUCGUCGCCGAUCAUGACACCAAUGUCUGGCACAUUUCCACGUUAUGAGGGAGAAGAAAUGAGUGCGAUUCCUCCUCGACAUUACGCGCCAGCAUCUCCGCCCCCGGUCCCUACUGAUCAGGCUCCAUAUGCACGGGCAAGCAAGCGCCCCUCUAUAGCUCCUAUUACCCCACCUGAUUUCUCCCCGGAGAGCACGCAAAGCAUCGACGAGCGAUUAGGUCAUUUGCGUGGUAACUCUCAGUACACGGAGCCCGAUCCCACCUCGGCUGCUUCGGAACAAUCCACAACACCUCUUGUCGGCUUACCCUCGUCCCCGAAACCGAGCGUAACCCGUUUUCCGUCUCUGCCAACAUCACCGAAGCCCGGGUCGACGUUCCAAGUCCCAAGUUCACCUCGAACAGACAAAUCUUUCUCGCGGCCAAACGCACCAUCGGCAGUCCGGACUGGCGGUGCUCUCCCGCUACGUGCGUAUGAACCCGCGCUCAGCUCUCCCUCUGCGCAAACCACCAAGCAAACCACAUUCGAAAGGGCUCCCCUGUCACCUUCGGGACUUCGAACGCCUUGGACCGGCGCGCCAGUGCCUUAUACCCCAUACCAGCCUUUCUCGCCUGUAAUCCCGGUUACACCAUCGCUAGUUACGAAGGCAGAUCGAAAGAGGAUGAAGCAACUGCAACCCAAAACACCAACCAUGGAGAUGGUGAAGAAUAGUGAUGAAAUAUGGUAGACGAUAUUGUGAUCUGUAUGCUUUUCUUUACAAGCUUACAGUGUAAGGUUAACGGGUCUUCCCGAGGUUAUCUGGGUCUGGGCUUAUUAUAUCCUGGCGUCUCAUGUGGGAUUUCUAUUUUCAAAACCUGAACAAGAUAGGGGAAAUUAUCCGGCUUGGAUGGAUCCUAUUAUACUUGUUCAUAGUUUUUUUUUAUACAAUUUGAAGCCCUUUGGUGGCCCCUUUGGAGGAGGUAAUAUACCAAGUAUGGUUGAAUCUCCAUUGUAGACUGGGCUAUAGCCAAAUCAUCCUUUUAUUCUCAGGCCAACUACUAUAUAAUAUCUAUCUGCUACUAAGCU